CAACUUUGCGAUUCCUGACAACAAGCUACAUUCAAACGUAGCAGAGGACCUGUCUUUCAAAGUGACUUUUCCCUGAUCGACAGGAAUCUGCUCCUACAUUAAGUAGAGAUCACUGGAUCUGUGCCUUUCUGCCUUGGGAAUUUUGAUUUUUUAAUUAAUCGGUGCAGCCAGACCUCACCAUGCCUCGGUCUUUUUUAGUCAAGAAGUAUUUUUCCAGCAAAAAACCCUACUACAGGGAGAGUCAACUUGAGAGCCAAACGGCUUUUGUCCCUGAAAGCUUUCCACGGGCUGAACUUCCAACGCAGAACAACAGCUCCGCCCUGACCUGCUACCCCACCACCCCCUUCUUCAGCAGCAUGGACUCCCUGCCUGCCCCUCUGUCCCCCAUCACCCCUGUGUCCCCGGCCCCUUCACCGCUUGGCCCUCUGGACCUCAGCAGCUCUCCCUCCAGUAGCAGCAGCAGCAGUGAGGAAGAGGAGGAUGGUGGGCGCACGUCAGAUCCUCCCAGCCCUGAUAUCAUCCAGCACAUCUUCCACUGUCUGCACUGCAGUAAGAGUUACACCAGCCUCUCUGGACUGUCCCAUCAUCAGACCCACUGUCCUCCACAGCAGCAAACACCCUCUCUGCCCACUGAGGCCUCUGCCCGGCCGGCUUUCCACUGCAAACACUGCCCCAAGGAGUACACCAGCCUGGGAGCCCUGAAAAUGCACAUUCGCUCACACACUCUGCCCUGCGUGUGCCUCACCUGCGGCAAGGCCUUCUCCAGACCGUGGCUUCUUAGAGGACACAUCCGCACACACACAGGUGAGCGCCCCUUCGCUUGUCAACACUGUAACCGGGCCUUCGCUGAUCGCUCCAACCUGCGUGCCCACCUGCAGACCCACUCAGAGGUGAAGAAAUACCAGUGUGGCUCCUGCUCGCGGACCUUCAGUCGCAUGUCGCUGCUGCACAAACACACUGCCUCAGGAUGCUGCCAAGCCUCAUAGACUCCCACCCUGAACUGUUCCCAUUAACCAUUGGAAACUGGUUUGAUCCCCCACCCCCGAUUACAGCCAAUAAGGAGAGUGGACUUUAAUGCCAUACUGGGACAGAAACCUGGAGUUUUAUAAAAAUACUUAUCAUGUGCCUUUUUCAUGACAAUUAAGGUAGAUUUUUUUUAUGUCACUUUGGAAUCUGCAGCACACCACUUCUGUGUUCUAUCAUCUGUGUGUAUGUGUGUGAUUUGAGGGCAGCUGGACAUGCAGUUAAUUCCCAGGAAACUCCGUCGGUGCCGGCCGGUCCGGGACUCUUGCCAUGUUGCAGCUGCUGGGGUGUGUUUGUGUGUGAAUGCGGGGAUGUCAUUCAUCACCAUAGUAUACAUACAUUGCAUGUGUGUGUAUAUGAGCAAGUGUGUGUGUGUGUGUGUUGAGACAGCUGUCUGUAUGGUGUACUGUGGAGGCCGGGAGCUCAGAGAAGUGUUAGCUGUGACCUCGACGACAGGUGACUGUCCACAAACCCCUCCCCACACCACAAACACUUUCCACACCCUCAUUGGGUGUGUAAUGGGAUGUGAAAGGACCACUUAAACUUGACCAAAAACUGGGUUAUUGUCAUUUUAUAGACUGUGUUUAAAGUGAUAUUUUUUUAUUUAGACAUGUUUUCUGAAAUGUUUUGACCUACAAUGUUAAGCAACUUUUUUCUUGAACAUGCAAAAUAGUAACACUGUGCCUUUUCUCUGCCAAAUGUAAA